UGGACAUUGGACCUGGAUGACACCAAGGGCACUUUCUGUGGCACUGGCCCUUUCCCCCUUGUCAGCAAGUUGAAUAGUCUCCUGGUGCAGACUGAAUCGUUCUGAAGAAAGGAAAGUCCAUCCGCCAGGUGAUGGAAGAGCGGGGUGUACUAGAGACAUUCCUGAAGAACCACCCAAAGGUCGACCCAGGUGCCAAGUAUCUUUACAGUAAUGAUGCUGUUGCUUAUGAGCCCUUCACCAAUUACCUGAAUUCCUACUACUUUGGAGAGAUCAGCAUUGGGACACCACCACAAAAUUUCCUGGUCCUCUUUGACACAGGCUCCUCCAACCUGUGGGUGCCCUCCACCUACUGCCAGAGCCAGGCCUGCACCAAUCACAACAUGUUCAACCCCAGCAGUUCCUCCACCUACAGAAACAAUGGGCAAACCUAUACACUGUAUUAUGGAAGUGGCAGCCUGACUGUGCUCCUGGGAUAUGACACUGUGAAUGUUCAGAACAUCAUCAUCAAUAACCAAGAGUUUGGUCUGAGUGAGAUUGAACCCAACAACCCCUUCUACUAUGCAAACUUUGAUGGCAUCCUGGGAAUGGCCUACCCCAACCUGGCAGUGGGGAAUGCUCCAACAGUCACGCAGAGCAUGGUGCAGCAGGACCAGCUCACCCAGCCCAUCUUCAGCUUCUACUUUUCUCGCCAACCAACCUAUGAGUAUGGUGGGGAGCUCAUCCUGGGAGGUGUGGACUCCCAAUUUUAUUCUGGUGAGAUCGUAUGGACCCCAGUCACUCAGGAAAUGUACUGGCAGAUUGCCAUCGAUGAGUUUCUUGUCAGUAACCAGGCCACUGGCUUGUGCUCCCAGGGCUGCCAGGCCAUUGUGGAUACAGGAACCUACAUGCUAGCUGUUCCCCAGCAGUUCAUUGGCUCCUUCCUACAGACAACCGGAGCCCAGGAGGCUCAGAAUGGUGAUUUUGUGGUCGACUGCGACUCCAUACAGAGCAUGCCCACCAUCACCUUCGUCAUCAGCUGGACUGCAUUACCUCUGCCUCCCUCUGCCUAUGUCCUUAAUAACAAUGGCUACUGCACUCUCGGGAUUGAGGCCACUUACCUGCCCUCCCCCACUGGGCAGCCCCUGUGGAUUCUGGGAGAUGUCUUCCUCAAGGAAUAUUACACCAUCUAUGACAUUGGGAACAACAGGAUGGGUUUUGCCCUCUCUGAGUAGACUAGCACAAGACAGCUGUCUCCACCCUCCCAGCAGGACUCUGGGAUUGCCCUAUUGGUUCUCUGGGCUGACAGCAGCAUUUCAGACUAGUCUGAUUCCUCUGUGUACUAGAAUCUUAC